AUGGAUUCCAAGACCUGGCUGAGCCGCAACGCGGGCGACGUGGGCAAGAUGUACCUGAACCACAUCCGGGAGGUGAUAGCCUUUGUGGCCGGCCAGGACUGGGGGCUGCAGGUGCUGAUGUGGGACGACAUGCUCCGCAAGGUCAGCGUGGCGGCUAUCCAAGACUCCGGCAUCACCAAGCACGCGUCUCCCAUGUUGUGGUUUUACGCCCCGAACUUUGAUACGCAACAAAUAGGGAAAUACGUUUCCAAGUACGCCGAGUGCGGCUUCAAGACCAUCUGGUUCGCCAGCGCCUUCAAAGGCACCACCGGCCCCGCGCAGGCCUGGACCCCAUUAAACCAUCACCUGCAAAACCACUUGCAGUGGCUGAGCGUCAUGCGGUCCAUGGCCAAGACCCCCUCCGCAAGGCUCCAGGGCAUUGUGCUGACCGGCUGGCAAAGGCAAGACCCCCGUGUCGGGCUCUGGUAUGACCACUACUCGGCCUUGUGUGAACUGCUUCCCGUCGGCAUUUGCAUUCCGUCCCUGGCUGUGUGUCUGCAGACCUUGGUGAAUGGGGCCUCAGUCCGCAGUUUACCAAGCAUCUUAUUUGGGUACCAGCUUUGGCUUGGGGUAGACUUUCCUCUCCACCGGAAGCGCCUCGGUUUUCGCUACUUGUAG